AUGCAGCGGCGGUAUGUGGGCGCCUUUGCCGCGCUGGCUGCGGCGCUUUGGGGAGGUCUGCUGUUCCCGUCGCCUCCGCCCUGCCCGGACGAGGAGGUGUCCCGGCUGAGCGCGGACUUCCAGCAGGCGCUGCCGCAGGAGCUGACCAUCAGCUGCCGCGGACAGCUGCUCCGGGACCGGGACACCUUCUUCUGGUCGUUGUUCACGGACCACUUCGGCAGCAACCCCAACACCCCGUACAUGUGGAUGGCGCUGCCGGCCUUCGGCUUUCUGCUGCCCAGCCCCAUGUGGCAUGUGCAGCCUCAGGAUGCCGUGGUGCUGCUUGCCCGACGCCCUCCGGAAGUGGAGUACUUCUCCUUCACCAGCUUCGCCUUGUGGGUGCCGCGCAGGGGUCUUCAGUUUAGCAGCCUCGGCGACAGCGUGAACAACUUGAACCUCAAGGAGACGCAGGACCACAUUUUUGCGCACGUGCUCACUGCGAGCAACAGGACCUUCACGCUUGUUGAAGAGGCGCUGGUGAAGAGUGGCUUGCCCAAGUCCGCCAUCAAUUUGGCAGUGAUCCCGUCCGAUGUGGGGGGGCUAUUCCAGGAUUGGACGCACUUCGAGACGGUGCUCAGACUAUUCCGCUUCCGCGACCAGGCGAAGGGGGACGCGUAUCUGCAGUCUCAUUACCCCGUAGUUUACCUGAAGGGGAGCCAUGGUGAUAGUACCAUGCUGCCCACCCGUCCAUACAAAGACCGAGCGCAUGUCAGCAACGGCCAUGAGAGGAUGCUGGAGCAGGAUUUCAUGAAGCACAACAGUCAGAUGCUCGCGAAUGUGGGGUCCGACUUUGGGCGAGAUUUCGGGGAUGCGAAGCCCUUGCGCUUCACGCCACUGAUGAUUCAGGGCUUGGAAUGCCUUCGGCACAACACUGAGUGCUUGGGAGAUUGUCCUGAUGCCGCCUACUACGGGCCCAACGUUCAUGAGGACAGCGACGGCGUUGACAUGCUGAAAUUGUCCUCUGAUGACGAGCUGCACGUUGUCAGCCUCGUGAACCAUCGGCAUCUCAACAUCUCGGUCUAUGGAAACCUCGCGGUGCUCAGAAGCUGGAAGCCGACCCUCAGCAAGACACGGAUGAGCAUCCGCGCCACGAGUCUGGGGGUCACCAGCUUCGAGUUCCCCGAGGAGCGUUUCAUCUCCUGGGCUUUCACGAGGAACCCGGCGCAUUGUCAUCAUCUGAGGGACUCGGUGCAUGGCUGCUCCCUGCUGGAUGCGCACGUCUCGCGGGAGAGCUUCCUCACCUACUGCGAGCGGAUCUAUUUGAAUCCCGUGACCGGUACAGGCCCCAACUGGUCCGACCUCCUCCCGGCGCAUCUCUUCCACCUGCGGCCGGCCUCCGCGCCGCGCGUGGCCUCGCCCACGGCGCGCGUCGCCUCGGUGCCGCCGCUGCCGCUGCGCGUCUUCGACGGCACCCAGGCGCUGCAAUUCUCCCACGUGGUGAAGACGGGCGGGGAGUCCCUGGAGUUGUACCUCGGCGCCCUCUCCGAGCCGGGCGCGCCGCGCCUGGACUACGGGCCCUGCCGCCGCGCCGCGGCGGCGCACGCGCCGGGGAACCUGGCGGAGGCGGCGCGGAAGGCCUCGGGGUGCGAGGCGGCGGCCGGCGUGGUGAGCUUCGCGCUCUGCGGGCUGAACUGCGAGUGCUGCGCUUCGGAUCUCUCCGGCGCCUUCCGGGGCGUGCUGCUGCGCUCGCCCCGCGCUCACGCGCUCUCGGUCUUCACGCAUUGUCACGGGGCGCACCAUAACUCCUGGGGCCGCAUCUUGGAGGAUGUUCCCCAGUACUUGGCAGAGGGCAUCCUCCGCGCCACGGAGAUGUCCUGCGGCAGCUACUGCACUUCCUUCGCGGAGGACUGGGAGGCCAACCUCGGAGAGCAGCUUCUGGCGGAGAGGCAAGAUGUGUCGCCGGUGCGCGUGAUCCCUUGGGCUCGGAACAUGCAGAGCCACGCGCUGACCUGCAGCGUGGCGAAUGGCAGCUUGGGGCAGCACUUUCGGACCCUCUCCGAGAGGGUGGACGUGGAGGAGGCUCUGGAGUCUUUGCAGCAGUUUCAUUGGGUGGGGCUCACGGACCUCAUGGAGCAGAGCGUCUGCCUGCUGCACUUCCAGCACAACGGCACCCUGCCGGCCGCCUGCGACUGCCGAUCCGAGGCGGACGCGCUGCGAAUCCCCCGCUUCGCCCACGGGGUGCAGCAGCGGGACCCGGAGACGUUGCCGGAGGACCUCUUGAGGCAGCUCGACGAGUUCACAGCGGUCGAUGCGCGCCUCUUUGCCAAAGCGCUGCGGCUGCUGCUGGGGCGCCUGCGAUUCGUGGAGCUCCAAACUGGGGCACAGCUGCUGCCCUGCCUGCCCUGGCGCAGGUUGUGGCGCAGCACACGCUACGUGCCUGGCCUGUGGGCUGCGCCGGAGGUCCUCGCCGAGUGA